GUUAUCCCACCAAAGGAGUGGAAGCCAAGAAAACAUUAUGAUGAUAUUGAAGAUUUGGUGAUUCCAGCCCCAAUUCAGCAGAUGGUCACUGGUCAGUCUGGGCUCUUCACACAGUACAACAUUCAGAAAAAGCCAAUGACAGUGAAGGAGUUCAAGGAGCUGGCCAACAGUGAUAAGUACUGCACCCCAAGAUACGUGGAUUAUGAAGAUCUGGAGCGUAAAUACUGGAAGAACUUGACUUUUGUGGCACCGAUUUAUGGAGCAGAUAUCAAUGGGAGCAUUUAUGAUGAAGGUGUUGAGGAGUGGAAUAUUGCCCAUCUUAAUACAAUAUUGGAUGUUGUAGAAGAAGACUGUGGCAUUUCUAUUGAGGGUGUAAAUACACCAUAUCUAUAUUUUGGCAUGUGGAAAACAACAUUUGCUUGGCACACUGAAGACAUGGAUCUCUACAGUAUUAAUUAUCUCCAUUUUGGGGAGCCCAAGUCAUGGUAUGCUGUUCCUCCGGAGCAUGGGAAACGACUUGAAAGACUAGCUCAAGGGUUCUUCCCAAGUAGCUCUCAAGGAUGUGAUGCUUUUCUUCGCCACAAGAUGACUCUGAUUUCUCCAUCAAUACUGAAAAAGUAUGGAAUUCCUUUCGACAAGGUUACACAAGAGGCUGGAGAAUUUAUGAUCACUUUCCCUUAUGGAUACCAUGCAGGAUUUAACCAUGGUUUUAACUGUGCAGAGUCAACAAAUUUUGCCACCGUCCGAUGGAUUGAUUAUGGAAAAGCAGCAAAAAAGUGUGCAGUUUGUUCAGCAAAAGUUUGUUUUUCAAUAUUCUGUGAUUUCUUUCUCAGAAUUAUAGGUCAUAGGGGCUUUGUUUA